CUUUUUUUCAAACAGAUAUUACUGACAAAUGUAUCCCAGUAAAUUGUGACAUAAGGAAUAGAUAGAUAGAACAUCCCUUUGAAGUAAAGUAUGUGUAUAAAUUCCAUGUAUAAAUAUUGUUUUGAGGGAGCAAGGAGAAAACACACUGUUUCCUGCUGGAGAGUCAACCGGACUAAGCGAGAGUAUCUGAAGAAGUUGAGGUCUGGUUACGCCUCUAAACCGCAUGUUUAGCGCAAUUGAUCUUAAUUAAAUAUUUGUCAAAUGAGUCAAAUCAACGACAGAAACAUGGAGACAACCGUCGGAUUUUUGUGGCUGUGAUAACUAGUAACGAGCGUCCACAUGCCAGGUCCUCUUCCUCCUCUGAUGACGUAGUGACGUGUUGGAGCUGGUCAGACAAACUACCUAUUAUUCCCAAGUCUCGACUCUUAUUAUCCGCAACAAAUAGCUAUUGUUUUUUUUUUCAUCUCUUUGUGAUCAUUUUUACACAAUCCCAACGUUGGCGAAGGAUAUUCACGGUAGUCUACUUGUUUUUGGGAAAGGUUAUACGAGUUGUUGUGUAGUUUAGGUAAAAGUCGCACGGCACUGGCCGCUCGUCGGUUUCUAUGCGGUAGGGACAUGUUGUUAUCCAUUGUUAUGGACUUGUAGCGCUAGUUGUCUUCAGUCCCAUACUAGAGUAGUCUCUGUCUCUCUCUCUGUGUCUCUCUGCGAUGGCCGAGGCGAGGAGAAUGGAGGACGAACAGCAGCAGAGUUUGAGAGGGGAACCGAGAGGGGAACCUGUCGUAAGGAGACAACCAUCUGGAGAGCGCUCAGAGAGGCAGAAAGACCACAGACUCAGGUAAGAGAUCUGCUAGUUUUGACAGACAUAUUGUGUAUCUCAAAUAGUACCCUAUUCUCUCUUUUAAUGCACUACUUCUGACCAGAGUACACUGGCUCCUGGUCUAAAGUAGUGCACUACUUCUGACGAAAGUGUCCCAAAUGACCCCUGUUCCCAAUGGGCCCUGGUCUAAAGUAGUGCACUAUAAAGGGAAAAGGGUGCUGUUUGGGAUAUAGACCAUUUUUUUCCUCUGCUAUUACUCAUCUGCCAUAUAAAUUAUGACCUUGCUUUGCACGCCAACACUUGCUGCCGGGCUAGGAGCUGUUAGCAUGGCUAGUGGUUUUAUAUGGUUGGCUGAGCAGGACUGUAGAGCUGUUAGCAUGGCUAGUGGUUUUAUAUGGUUGGCUGAGCGGGACUGCAGAACUGUCGGGCUAGGAGCUGUUAGCAUGGCUAGUGGUUUUAUAUGGUUGGCUGAGCGGGACUGUAGAACUGUCGGGCUAGGAGCUGUUAGCAUGGCUAGUGGUUUUAUAUGGUUGGCUGAGCAGGACUGUAGAGCUGUUAGCAUGGCUAGUGGUUUUAUAUGGUUGGCUGAGCGGGACUGUAGAGCUGUUAGCAUGGCUAGUGGUUUUAUAUGGUUGGCUGAGCGGGACUGCAGAACUGUCGGGCUAGGAGCUGUUAGCAUGGCUAGUGGUUUUAUAUGGUUGGCAGAGCGGGACUGCAGAACUGUCGGGCUAGGAGCUGUUAGCAUGGCUAGUGGUUUUAUAUGGUUGGCUGAGCAGGACUGUAGAGCUGUUAGCAUGGCUAGUGGUUUUAUAUGGUUGGCUGAGCAGGACUGUAGAGCUGUUAGCAUGGCUAGUGGUUUUAUAUGGUUGGCUGAGCGGGACUGCAGAACUGUCGGGCUAGGAGCUGUUAGCAUGGCUAGUGGUUUUAUAUGGUUGGCUGAGCGGGACUGCAGAACUGUCAGGCUAGGAGCUGUUAGCAUGGCUAGUGGUUUUAUAUGGUUGGCUGAGCAGGACUGUAGAGCUGUUAGCAUGGCUAGUGGUUUUAUAUGGUUGGCUGAGCGGGACUGCAGAACUGUCAGGCUAGGAGCUGUUAGCAUGGCUAGUGGUUUUAUAUGGUUGGCUGAGCAGGACUGUAGAGCUGUUAGCAUGGCUAGUGGUUUUAUAUGGUUGGCUGAGCGGGACUGCAGAACUGUCAGGCUAGGAGCUGUUAGCAUGGCUAGUGGUUUUAUAUGGUUGGCUGAGCAGGACUGUAGAGCUGUUAGCAUGGCUAGUGGUUUCAUAUGGUUGGCUGAGCGGGACUGCAGAACUGUACAAUCACCCUUCUGAACAAUAUUUCUGUGACGUAUAAGCAGGUUAACCAUUAAAGAGGAAUGGAAACACUCGGCUUUAGAACACCAGCUAACUGGAAAUCGCCAUAUUAGCGUUGUUGCGUCAUCGGCAAAAUAGCUUUUGUAAUUCCUGAAUGUACCGUGACCUCUGCGUACAUUAAUUGGCAUGAAUUGGCUGGUGUCAAACCAUAUAUGAAAACAUGAUACAUACAGUAUUUUGAAAGAUAAGAACAAGCCUUUGAAAUGAUAUGACAUACAAUAACACAACUAAUCCUCAUGAAGCUAGAGACUUAGAGCAGAUGGAUACGGCCAUAACAACACAACUUCCUUAUUUUGAAUAGUGUAACAUUUUACUGUGCAAUUCAUGAUGGCGCUAACCACACCUCUAAUAAACGUUGUUCAGGAUCAAAAUACAGAAAAUAAAGAUUUUUCUGUGUUACAAGCGAUUUGUUUCGUAUUAGUGGAUGGAAUAAACCUCUUUGUUUUACAUCCUCAAGUCUUUCCAUUCCUAAUUGUUUUUUUUAAAUUCUUAUUUAAAACAUAGCUGGGACUACUUUCUCUCUCUCUCUCUCUCUCAGCUGUCUCACAGCUGUUGCAGUAAGUAUCCCGGUGCGGUGUUGAGGUUAGGCCGGGACUACUUAUUUUCUGCCUCUGACACAACCCUGGAACUAUGUGGCUCCAGCUUCAGUCGAUUGGCAUGGUAACAGGCUGGAGAGGCUACUCUGGCUGCGGAUAGAAAUUUCCCCUCUUCAGAUGCUGAUCUGGAAUCAGUUUAGCCUUAAACUGAUGUUAGCCUUUAACCAUAAGGAGGGGGAAAUGCAAAAACUGACCUUAGAUCAGAGUCUGAAGGCAACCUCUUUCCCAGAGUUUUAGGAGAUUGUUAUUCAAUGUCAGGAAGUAUAUACUGAUGCAUGUAAGCAAAUAGUUUGGAGGGGGAGGGGGAGGGAGGAGUAGAGGAAGAUGGAAAGGGUAUAGU